ACAAGUGGGAAUAAUUUUAUAUCCCAUAAAGUAAUACAAGAAGACCCCAACUCAGCAGUUUUUUCUCGAACGUACGUGCAGUAAUACAGGUACAGUACAGAACAGCAGUGGGCCCAUCAUGAAGUACCCAAGUGUUUUGACUUUGAUUGUGUAUGCUGCCCUGUUGUUGUGCAUAGGCCUCUUUGAGGCAUGGGUGUUCACAAGACUAGAGAGGAUCAAGAUCGUACGAACACAUCUCUUCAUUUUCAUCGAAUUGCUAACUAUAGUAAGUGUACGAUACAUCAUGAAACGACUCAACACAGUCAUCAAAACUAAUAGCAUCAUUGCGUUUGGUUUUGUUUUCAAGAUUGUUGUUUUGGCCGUUCUGUUGACGUCCCUGAUCACCAUGGUGUUUGUGGUACUCCCUGUCUCCAGUAAUCCCCACAUACUCUCGCUAAUAAGCACUUACUGUCUAGGGGCCGUCGUAUUUCUAACCACCUGCCUGGCCAUUUCCGACAUGAUGUCUUUCGUUUUUCGUCAAUUCUCCAAGUUACGAGGAAACACUAGAAGUUCUCCAAUGGAUAGAAGUGAAAUCAAGAUCCGUACAUUACUCGCUCUAAUCUGUGCACUGGUGUUAAUUUUGUAUGGUGCAAUUGGAGCAAGUGGCAUAAAUAUAGUUCGUUUGAACGUUCCCAUUAAAGGACUGAACAGUAAGCUUAACGGGACAACAAUUGUACAACUCAGUGAUAUACAUUUAGGGGCGUUCACUGGGAAGAGAGUGAUGGAGAGAAUUGUUGACAAAGUGAACACCCUAAAUCCGGACAUUGUGGUCAUCACCGGUGACCUUGCCGACUCUAACUUCCAGGCUCUCAAAGAAGCAGCCAGUCCACUAAAGAAGAUAUUAUCAAGAAAAGGAGUCUUCUAUUCAACUGGGAACCACGAGUAUUACACUGGAGAUGUGGAUAACUGGAUCAAAUUCAUACCUCAAUUUAAUGUGACGCCUCUCAUGAACAAAAGAGUGUGUUUGUACAGAUCACGUGACCUCGGGACAGAGUCAUGUGACAGAGGAUUGUAUCUGGCUGGUCUUGAGGACAUUGAAACCAGAAAAAUGAGGUAUGGCUCUCAUAGUAUGGACCUCCACACUGCGCUCUCCGGUCGAAAGGAGGGGGUACCAACCAUUGUACUGGCCCAUCAGCCUUGGGCAGCGGUAGAAGCUAUCAUGUGGAACGAUGUACGACUAGUACUCUCAGGACACACCCAUGGAGGACAGAUAUUUCCGGCAAUUCCGUUUAUAUAUUUGUACAAUCCAUUUUUUGUUGGUCUGUAUGAACCACGACCAAGUGUGUUUGUGCAUGUGAGUCCUGGAACUGUUUAUUACAUGUUACCAUUCAGACAUUAUUAUAGGCCAGAGAUUACCGAAAUAACAUUGAUUAGUAGUUAGUUGUUGUACCAUUCUAAUAGAUGUGUUGUACAAAUCAAUUUUUAUUAAUGUGAGUUCUAUACGAUAA